AUGGCGGAGCUCAAGAGCCGGCGGGUGAUCCUCAAGGACUACGUGGAGGGCUACCCCACGGAGGCGCACAUGGAGCUACUCCCCGCCGCGCCCGUCGACGAGGCCGAGGAGGGCUCGGUGCUGGUCAAGAACCUCUACCUCUCCUGCGACCCCUACAUGCGCCCCAAGAUGUCCCGCCCGCUGCACCAGUCCUACACCGCCGCCUUCGUCCCGGGCGCCGCCAUCACCGGCUACGGCGUGUCCGAGGUCGUCCGCUCCUCGCGCCCCGGGCUCGCCGCCGGCGACCUCGUCUGGGGCAUGACCGGCUGGGAGGACUACAGCGUCAUCAAGCCGCCCUUCACGGCCAUACUCACCAAGAUCCAGCCCGACGACGGCGUGCCGCUGUCCUACUACACCGGCAUCCUCGGCAUGCCGGGGCUCACGGCCGACCUCGCCGGCGCGCUCAAGAAGCGCUUCCCCGACGGCAUCGACGUCUACUUCGAGAACGUUGGCGGCAAGAUGCUCGAGGCCGUGCUGCUCAACAUGAAGGUGCACGGACGCAUCGCCGUCUGCGGCCUCAUCUCCCAGUACAACCUCACCGCCGGCGAGAAGGACGCCGACGUCGGCGUGCGCAACCUCACCUCCCUCGUCUCCAAGCGCAUCAAGAUGCAGGGCUUCAUCGAGCCCGACCACAAGCACCUCUACCCGGAGUACAUGGCGUGGGUGCUCCCGCACAUCAAGGAGGGCAGGGUCGUCUACGUCGAGGACGUCGCCGACGGGCUCGACGCCGCGCCCGCAGCGCUCAUCGGCCUCUACCACGGCCGCAACGUCGGCAAGCAGGUCGUCAGGCUCACCAACCCCGACCCCAAGUGA